AGGAAUGUAAAAACAACUACGCUUCCCAGAAUGCAUUGCGUUUUCAACAUGGCGUCUUACAUAGCUGUUUGACUUUUGUCAACACAUUUAAGAGGCAAACUGAAGCAUAUUGGGUUUUAUAGCCCGCGUGGCUUGUAAAACCUGAGACAGGAGGAUGAAAGCGUUGCUGACGGUGAUUAAGCGAAUACACAGAGCCGCUGUUUGCACCAGGCGGCAGCUUCGUUCGAGCUCCUGCGCCAGAAGAAGCGGCCCGUGCCCUUCACCUGAGCCACACGGGGCUCUGGUCACGGGCUCGAGCUGGGAGCUGGUGCAGAGGCUGCGCACACAGGUGGAGGUGAGGCCGGCCUUCAUCACCGAGGAGGAGGAGACCGCUCUUCUCCGCGAGCUGGAGCCUGGUCUGAGAAAGAAGCGCUACGAGUUCGACCACUGGGACGACGCCAUUCACGGGUACAGAGAAACCGAGCGUGUGACGUGGGCGCCUGCGUGUGAGGAGAUCCUGGACCGCGUCCGUGCUGCAGCGUUCCCCGCAGACAGUCCGCUCCUCGGACCUGUACACGUCCUGGACCUGGACAAGGCCGGUUACAUCAAGCCUCACGUUGACAGUGUGAAGGUAGGUUGGACACAUGUUCUACGUAGAACAGUAAACAUCUGCUUGACCAUUGGAAACCUUGAUGUGCGCUGCCCAGUCGCCUGUGGCUCCCUGUCAUCCGUUCUCAUUCCUCAGUUCUGUGGCAGCACCAUAGCUGGACUGUGUCUACUGUCAGACAGCAUAAUGCGCCUGGUGAAGGAGGAUUGCAGCAAAGAGUGGCUCGACCUCCUGUUGCCCAGACGCUCCCUCUAUGUACUGAGGGAUGAAGCCAGGUAUAAAUUUACUCAUGAGAUCCUGAAAGACGAGGAGUCUGUGUUCAAAGGACAGAAGGUUCCUCGGCAGCGUCGUGUAUCGGUCAUCUGUCGAAACCUUCCAGCCUAAAACUGUAAAAUCUGUCACCAGAAUCUACCAGCGUUCUCCACGAGGACAUAACAACUGGUAUAGUAGCAUUUUCAUAGGUGAUUAACAUAAACACUGUUUAUACAUAUUUUGGCUUGAAUGUUAAAGACGGGGACAAUGUUUUGAUCACGGGGACAAUGUUUGUAUAUUACAUUCUUUGGCAUCUUCAUCAUCACACUGAAUGACAUUCAGUGUACUUUAAAUAAAAAUGAUGCUCUGUGCAAGAAGGUCAAGAACAACAACUGAAGUGGUUUAAGGUUAUGGUCACUUUAUUUUUCAGUCUGAAAGCAAUUAAAUGACCAGUAAUAACCCCCCUAACAUUAAAAUUUAGUAUAUUACAGCUCAACAUCACUGCAAAUGAAUUUUAUGCACAUUUUAUGUGACUAAUGCAGGUAUUCACACAUUAAAAACAUUUUGAACAGUGA